CGCUCAAAGUGUGCCUGCCAUUUAAAGUCACUGCCUCUUGAAAGGAAUGCCUGCUCCAUGCGCAGUAAAACUUAGAGCGAGCUGUACCGUACUUUAUUUUUAACGCGCUGGGUGGGUCAAACGGCCGUUGACUGGAAUGAGUGGUGCGCGCGGCGUUUCUCUCUCUCUCUCUCUUUCUCUCUGUCUUCUUCCAGUCCCUCUCCCCAGCCCUUCUCGGUGCUCUGUCCUACCGCGCUGCGUCCACGACCCUGACCCGGACCUCGCCGGUCCCCGUGGAAUUAGAACUGGCAAAUAAAUAACCGGAGAUCAAAGAAGGCACCUGCGAAAAAGCAAACAUAUUGAACCACAAUUAAAAAAAUAACUCAUUUAAAUUUGCAGAUCCCCCACCCCUCCCCACAAGUGUGAGAGCGUGUGUUUCUGAACUUCACCCCUCCACUGCACCCCACCUACGCACCAGAAGCGCCCCCCCCCCCCGCCCAGAAGCCCCCCCGGUCCGUAGCUCGGCCCAGCAGCAGCCAUGACCUCCACCUCCACCACGGACUUCGACAACGCGGAAAUCACGCAGCAGUACAGCCGUGUCAACACCCGCUUCGAGCUCUCCGAGGAGGAGCUGGACAACGACAACAGCUCCGCGCGUCUGUUCGAGCGCUCCCGCAUCAAGGCCCUCGCAGACGAGAGAGAGGCGGUCCAGAAGAAGACCUUCACAAAAUGGGUCAACUCCAUCCUGUCCCGGGUGAGCUGCCGGAUCUCGGACCUGUACCUGGACCUGCGGGACGGCCGCAUGCUGAUCAAGCUCCUGGAGGUGCUGUCCGGCGAAAGACUGCCCAAGCCCACGAAGGGCCGCAUGCGGAUCCACUGCCUGGAGAACGUGGACAAGGCCCUGCAGUUCCUCAAGGAGCAGCGCGUGCACCUGGAGAACAUGGGCUCCCACGACAUCGUCGACGGCAACCACCGUCUCAUCCUGGGCCUCAUCUGGACCAUCAUCCUGCGCUUCCAGAUUCAAGACAUCAUCGUGGAGACGGGACAGGCCGACCAGAAAGAGACGCGCUCCGCUAAAGACGCCCUUCUGCUGUGGUGCCAGAUGAAGACGGCUGGAUACCCAAAUGUCAACAUCACCAACUUCACUACAAGCUGGAAGGACGGCAUGGCCUUCAACGCUCUCAUCCACAAACACAGGCCUGAUCUGGUGGACUACGGCAGGCUCCAGAGGUCCAACCCCACCCACAACCUCCAGCACGCCUUCAACUUGGCUGAGCAGAAGCUGGGCGUGACCAAACUCCUGGACCCGGAGGAUGUGUUCACCGACAACCCCGAUGAGAAGUCCAUCAUUACCUACGUUGUGGCCUUCUACCACUACUUCUCCAAGAUGAAGGCCCUGGCAGUGGAGGGGAAGAGGGUGGGGAAGGUGCUGGACCACGCCAUUGAGACAGAGAAAAUGAUCGAUAAGUACGAGACCCUGUCGUCGGACCUGCUGACAUGGAUCGAGCAGACCAUCAUCGUCCUGAACAACCGCAAACUGGCCAACUCCCUGACCGGCGUUCAGCAGCAGCUGCAGGCCUUCAACUCCUACCGCACCAUGGAGAAGCCACCCAAGUUCCAGGAGAAAGGGAACCUGGAGGUUCUGCUCUUCACCAUCCAGAGUCGCAUGAGGGCCAACAACCAGAGGGUGUACACACCGAGGGAGGGGGCACUGGUGGCUGACAUCAACAGGGCCUGGGAGAGGCUGGAGCGGGCGGAGCACGAGCGGGAGAGGGUUCUGCGGGAGGAGCUGAUCCGGCAGGAGAAGCUGGAGCAGAUGGCCCGGCGCUUCGACAGGAAGGCCGCCAUGAGGGAGACCUGGCUGGUAGAGAACCAGAGACUGGUGGCACAGGACAACUUUGGGUACGACCUGCCGGCGGUGGAGGCGGCGAAGAAGAAACACGACGCCAUCGAGACGGACAUCGCCGCCUACGAGGAGCGAGUGCAGGCGCUGGUGGCCAUGUCCCGGGAGCUGGAGUCGGAGAGGUACCACGACGCCAAGCGCAUCGACGUGCGCAAGGACAACAUCCUGCGGCUCUGGGACUACCUGCUGGAGCUGCUGAAGGCUCGGCGGGACCGCCUGGACAAGAACCUGACGCUGCAGAGGACCUUCCAGGAGAUGCUCCACAUCAUCAACUGGACGGACGAGAUGAAGGAUCGGCUCCUCUCCCCGGACUUUGGGAAGCACCUGCUGGAGGUGGACGACCUGCUGCAGAAGCACGCACUGGUGGAGGCUGACAUCGCCAUGCAGGCCGACAGAGUGCGCUCCACCAACGCCGCCGCGCUCAAGUUCGCCAACGGGGACAGCUACAAGCCGUGUGACCCACAGGUGAUUCGGGAUCGGGUGCAGCACCUGGAUCACUGUUACCAGGAAGUCUGCUCCCUGUCGGCCCAGCGCAAGGCCCGCCUGCAGCAGUCCCGCCGCCUGUGGAACUUCUUCUGGGAGACGGCGGAGCUCGAGAGCUGGAUCAAGGAGAAGGAGCACAUCUUCUCCUCCCUGGACCACGGCAAGGACCUGACCAGCGUGCUGGUGCUGCAGAGCAAGCACAGUGCCUUCGAGGACGAGCUGGCGGCGCGGCGAGCCCACCUGCAGCAGGUCAUGGACGAGGGGGAGAACAUGGUGACGGACAAGCACUUCGGGUCGGCCAAGGUGAGGGGCCGUAUGGAGGACAUCCAGCGACAGUGGCAGCAGCUGGAGGAACUGGCUGCCUUCCGGAAGCGCAACCUCCAGGACACCCAGAAGUUCUUCCAGUUCCAGGGCGACGCAGACGACCUGAAGGCCUGGCUGCUGGAAGCCCGGCGGCAGAUGACCAGCGACGACCUGGGGCAGGACGAGUACAGCACCCAGAGGCUGGUCAAGAGGCACCGCGACCUGCAGGACGAGGCCACCAAGAACGCGGCGACUAUCGACGCCCUGUCCAAGCAGGCCAACAGCCUCCCCGAGGACCUGCGCAACACGCCGGACAUCCAGCGCAGGCUCAGGGACAUCCGGGACCUGUACAUGGAGCUGCUCUCCCUCUCGGACCUGCGCAAGAAGAAGCUGGAGGACACCAUGGCUCUGUACACCAUCUUCAGCGAGACGGACGCCUGCAACCUGUGGAUGAACCAGAAAGAGACGUGGCUGGUGGGCCUGGAGACUCCGGAGAAGUUGGAAGACUUGGAAGUGGUGCAGAACAGGUUGGGCAUCCUUGCCCAAGAGAUGGGUAAUGUUCAGGUGCGAGUCGAUGAUGUCAAUAAAGCAGCGAAACAGCUAGAGGACAGCAGGCACCCCAGCAUGAAGAGCGUGAAGGACUGUCAGACACGUCUCAACAAGAGGUGGGAUGCUUUCAAGGCGAUGGUGGAUGAGAAGAAACGUAAAGCAGACUCUUCGCUCAGCCUGCACAACUAUGGGCUGGAGUGCGACGAGACCAAGGCCUGGAUCAAGGACAAGACGCGGGUCAUCGAGUCCACGCAGGACCUGGGCAACGACCUGGCGGCCGUCAUGACCAUCCAGAGGAAGCUCUAUGGCAUGGAGAGGGACCUGGCCGCCAUCCAGGACAAGCGGGACUUCCUGAAGCGCGAAGCGGAGCAGCUGGCCAAGGACAACCCGGAAAACGCCGCCGACAUCAUGGGCCGGCAGCGGGAGCUGGACCGGGCCUGGGACGAGCUGAAGCAGACCAUGAAGGACCGGGAGGACUCCCUGGGGGAGGUGAGCAAGCUGCAGACCUUCCUCCAGGACCUGGACGACUUCCAGGCCUGGCUGUACAAGGCCCAGAAGGCCAUUGCGUCCGAGGAGAUGCCCACCACGCUGCCCGAGGCCGAGCAGCUGCUGGACCUGCACGACGCCGUGCGGCAGGACAUGGACCAGCACGAGGAGGACUACCACCAGGUGAAGGACACGGGGGCGGCGGUGACCCACGGCGAGACCGAUCCGCAGUACCAGCAGCUGGAGCAGAGGCUGAAGGGCCUGGACACCGGCUGGGACGAGCUGCACAAGAUGUGGGACAGCCGCAAGAACUUCCUGGACCAGGGGCUCGGCUUCCAGCAGUUCACGAGGGACGCCAAGCAGGCCGAGGCCAUCCUCAACAACCAGGAGUAUACCCUGGCCCACACAGACUCUCCGGACACCCUGGAUGGGGCGGAGAAGGCACUCCGGAAGCACGAGGACUUUGUCAACACCAUGGAUGCCAACGAGGAUAAGAUUGUGGGCACAAUCGAGGGUGGGCAGAGACUGGUGGACAAUGGGAACCUCUAUUCUGAGAGAGUCAAAGACAAGAUAGGGUCCAUCGAAGACAGGUACAACACCAACCGAGGCAAAGCCCAGGAGGUUUCUGGGAAACUGAAGGACAACCGGGACCUUCAGCACUUCCUGCAAAACACUCAAGAUCUCACCCUGUGGAUAAACGAGAAGAUGCUGACCGCUCAGGACACCUCGUACGACGGGGCGAGGAACCUGCACAGCAAGUGGCAGAAGCACCAGGCCUUCAUGGCCGAACUGUCCUCCAAUAAGGACUGGCUAGACAAAAUCGACCAGGAGGGUAAUGACCUGAUGAAGGCAAAGCCCGAGUUUGGGCCCGUGGUGAGGGAGCGUCUCUCAAAGCUACACGAGCUUUGGGACAAGCUGGAGUCCACCACGAAGGAGAAGGACCGCCUCCUGUUCGACGCCAACCGCUCCGAGCUGGUGGACCAGAGCCUGGCCGACACCAAGAAGUGGCUGGGAGACCUGCAGCAGCAACUGCAGGGGGACGAGGACGUCAAGGACCUGACCAGCGCCAACAUCCUGCUCAAGAAACACCAGAUGGUGGAGAAGCAGGUGGGGGACCGGGCGCGGGAGAUGGACGAGCUCCGUGACGCGGUGCAGAGGCGCGCCUCCCAGAGCCCCGAGCUGGAGGCGGAGCAGCAGGCCCUGCAGACGGAGUUCCAGAAGCUCCUCCCCCCUCUGGCGCAGCGACGCGACAAGCUGGAGAGCGCCAAGGCCGUGCAGCAGCUCUACCGGGACCUGGCCGACGAGAUCCUGUGGGUGGAAGAGCGGUUGCCCCAGGCAACAUCCCGAGAGCACGGAAACAAUCUCCAGGCUGUGCAGCUGCUUCUGAAGAAGAACCAGACCUUGCAGAAGGAGAUCGAGGGGCACCAGCCGCGGGUGGACGAGGUGCUGGAGCGGGGGCGGCGCAUGGUGGCGGCGGGCAGCCCCGAGGCGGGGCGCAUCGACGAGCAGACGGGGCAGCUGGAGGAGGAGUGGGCGCGGCUGGGCCGCGAGCUGGCCAAUCGCAGGCAGCGCCUGGGCGGCUCCGAGCGGGCGCAGCAGUACUACAACGACGCCGACGAGGCCGAGGCCUGGAUCGGCGAGCAGGAGCUCUACAUGAUCUCCGACGACAAGCCCAAGGACGAGCAGAGCGCCAUGCUGAUGUUGAAGAGACACCUGAUACAGAAGCAGAACGUAGACGCCUAUGCGGACUCUGUUCAGAAGCUGGCUGACCGCGCCCAGAAGAUGCUGGCCGAGGACCAUCCUGACGGUGAGGCCAUAAUCCGGCGGCAGGGUCAGGUGGAUAAGCAGUACGCGGGUCUGAAGGAGCAGGCCGAGGACCGCAGGAAGAAGCUGGAGCACGCGUACCACCACUUCCUGCUGAGCCGCGAGGUGCAGGACCUGGAGCACUGGAUCGCCGAGCGCGACGUGGUGGCCUCGUCCCAGGAGGCGGGGCAGGACCUGGAUCACGUGACGAUCCUGCGGGAGAAGUUCCGGGACUUCGCGCGGGAGACGGGGUCGGUGGGCCAGGCGCGCGUGGACGCGGUGAACCUGACGAUCGACGAGCUGAUCGACGCGGGCCACAGCGAGGCGGCCGCCAUGGCGGAGUGGAAGGACAACAUCAACGAGAGCUGGGCGGACCUGCUGGAGCUCAUCGACACCCGCGGGCAGCUGCUCACCUCCUCCCACGACCUGCUCAAGUACUUCUGCGACGGCAAGGAGUUGGUGGAGCAGAUCCACGAGAAGCAGACGGAGCUGCCCGAGGAUGUGGGCGAGGACUUCAGCAAGGCCGAGUCCUUCCACCGCACGCACGCCGCCUUCGAGAGGGACAUCAGUGCCCUGGGAAAACAGGUGCAGCAGUUCCAGGACACGGCGGCGCGUCUCCAUGCCCAGUACGCGGGCGAGCAGGCCACGGCCAUCCAGACCAUGGAGCGGGAGGUGGUGGAGGCCUGGAAGGGCCUCCUGGACGCCUGCGACGGCCGCCGGGCGCAGCUGGUGGACACGGCCGACAAGUUCCGCUUCUUCACCAUGGUGAAGGACCUGCUGGCCUGGAUGGAGAGCAUCGUCCAGCAGAUCGAGACCCAGGAGAAGCCCAGGGAUGUGUCCUCGGUGGAACUCCUGAUUAAGUACCACCAGGGCAUCCGCUCUGAGAUCGACGCCCGAGACCCCAAAUUCGACGCCUGCACAGACCUGGGCCGCGCCCUCCUGGCCCGCAGGCACCGCGACUCCCCAGAGAUCAAACAGAAGCUCAUCCAGGUGAUGGAGAAGAAGAAGGAGAUGAUGACUAAGUGGGACGAGCGAUGGGAUUGGCUGAGACUACUGCUGGAGGUGUGCCAGUUUGCGCGGGACGCCUCGGUGGCCGAGGCCUGGCUGGUGGCUCAGGAGCCCUACGUGGCGAGCCGGGAACUGGGGCAGACGGUGGACGAGGUGGAGAAGCUCCUGAAGAGACACGAGGCCUUCGAGAAGUCUUCCUCCGCCUGGGCCGAGAGGUUCAACGCACUGCAGCGCCUCACCACGCUGGAGCUGCUGGAGCUGAGGAAACAGCAGCAGUUCAGGCCGGAGGAGGAGCCGCGCACAGAUAAGGACAGCAGGAGAGAAGACACAGGGUUUGCGGAAGAGUCCUCCGAGUUCUACACUGUAGAGGAUCCAUCUCUGUCUGCCUCGGCGCCUGUAGACCCGAGCUCGGGACAGUUGGACGGUUCUGUGGAGGACUCCGCAGCCCAGCCGGUGCUCGAGGCAGUACCCGAGGGCAGCGUUUCGGAGCUGACGGGCCCCUCCAGCCUGGCGCCGCCCCCCAGGGACACGGAGAAGGCCGCCACCCUCCCCACGGACCCCCCCAGGAGCCAGGCUGUGCUGCAGGAGGGCAUGCUGGGACGCAAGCACGAGCUGGACGGAGCCGGAAAGAAGGCCUCAAACAGGUCCUGGAACAACCUGUACUGCGUACUGAAACCAGGGCAGCUGUCCGCCUACAAGGACACCAAGACCUACGGCUACGGCGUCACCUACCACGGCGAGGACCCCAUGCAGCUCAGCAACGCCACCUGCGAAACUCUGCCCAACUACAAGAAGAAGAAGCACGUAUUCAAACUGCGGCUGGCAGACGGGAGCGAGUACCUCUUCCAGUGCAAAGAUGAGGAGGAGCUGCUGAGCUGGAAGAAGGCCCUGGAGACAGCGGCAGAAGCCCAGUCAGAGGAUGUGGCCCCCGGGCCCUCCGGAGCUCGGGCCCGUAGCCUGCCCCCGCCCUCGUCCUCCACCCUCCCAGAGGCCAGUUCCGCCAAGAAGGACAAGGAGAAGAGGUUCAGCCUGUUUACCAAAAAGAAAUGAGGAGGGAGCGGGUGUGGGGUCAGGGUCAAAGGUCGAUGCCCAGUCAGGUUUCCUUUUUAGUCACUGUCCUGAUUUUUUACAUCAACAAAAAAUUUGUAAGAUUUAAAAUAAUGAUGAUGAUAAUAAUAAUAAUAAUAAUAAUAAUAAUAAUAAUAAUAAUACAUUAAGUAUGAAUGCAAAUCACUCUCUCUUCCUGCCUGUAUUUAAGCCAGUCUUUCUGCAAUGCUGAAUUUUUAAAUCUUUUCUACACACACCAGAGCCACACUUCAACCAAAAACACAGCCACUCCUUUCACAAUCAACCAAAGAAUGAUCGCAUUAUUUCUUUCCUUAUGAUUUAAUUUUUAUUUCGCUUCCUUUUCGGCAUGCUUUAUUGUACUUGUGUGUUACAUGAGACUUUGAGACUUUUUAAAUAGUUUUUAUUUGCCUUAUUCCUAUAAAGAAAUGGUUGUGAAUAGCUAUACUGUGUUGUUAGUGUCAGGGUAUAGACUCUUGUCAGAGUCUUUUUUAUCAGGUUGGACUUUUAAGAGCUUUGUAAAUGCUGUUUUUGAUGACACAGUAACAGGUAGAUUUGGUGAAAUAUGGAUACCGGGUUAUACAGUGGUACUACAUGGCAAAAGAAUCAGUGAUCGGAGUGCAAGGACAAAUACUCAAACAAAUCCCUCUUACAAUGAAAUGUCAAUAUACUUACGAUCGGAAACAGGUAACACAUUUUUAAAUGAGACGAUUUAGAAAUUGUCUAAAGAAGUAAACUGUCAGAACUUGGUUUCAAAAUUAACCCCAAACUGUAGACAAUCUUCGCUUUUAAAAACUUGAAUUAUGGCAACAACAAAAAAAUGUGUAUGUAUCAUUUUACAAAUUUCCAACUGACGUGACACACAAUAUGUCCAAAUAUGUUCCUUGUAUAUGGAGUAAACCUUUGUUGAAUAUGGUGCUAACUCUCAUAGGAAGGGAGGUCAAACUUGUCAUGUUAUCAUUGUGACGCCUCUUCCACCUCAGUAUAAACCCAGCGUGCCCCCUCCCUCCAAACUCCAAGAAGCUUUUCCACAAAUGGGAAAGGUUCCUGGGAAUAAUGGAAUGGAAUGCGCUCCAGGAAGAGUGUGAUCCACCAUUUUGAAUGUCGAGGCGAUUGGAACUGUUAGGAGAAAUCGAAUGUGAGGCAAUUUGAUGAAGGAAAUAAUGGGAGGACGUUUAGGUGAAAGAUACUCUCGGAGAAAGGAAUAUCUUUUAAGUUUAAUAUUUAUUCCAAAAGCUGUUUAAUUUUUUAUUUUAUUUUAUUUUUUUAAACAAAAGCCGGUUGCUUUCUCCCGGUGGAAGAUUGUAGAGAUUCGGGAGAAUAUUCACACACGAAGUGAGAUUUAACUUUAAAAAAAUCACUGACCUGAAAUAUGUGCAGGGCUAAAAAAAUAUAUAUGUAUGGAAAAUGCGUUUAUAUUAAGAGUUUAUUAUAUUUAUAAUUAUCGACUGAAACUGAAAAGAAGAAAAGCGGACUAUAGCUGUUUUAUUUUUCGAAUUGUAUACAGCAUCUCCCCCCCCCCCCCCCCCAUUUAUUUCGAAGCAUGACAGAAGCACCCAGUUCAGCUCCUUCCAGAACAACUGCCUUAUACUCGCAGCACUGCCUUUACCUCCCCGAAGCCUUGCUUUAAACCGCGGCUUCGUUGUUUGUCAUCGUUUCCCCGUCCGGUCUAUUUAAACCGAAGCUUUGUGCGCAUGUCGUCCUUUUCCUUAGCUUCCCCCCCCCCCCCUUAUUUAACCCCUUAAGUGGGCUCAGCCAGUAUGUUUUCUACUCAGUAACCGUGUACCAUUUCCGAAAUGUUGGGUUUGCACAGGUCUGACAUUUUGAGAGCCGAACUUGGGAAAGAAACAAUAAACCUACCAGUUUGGA